AUUUGUUUCUUCUUCAUGGCUUUCUCCAUGUGCUUUUUAAACUGGUUUCUAGAUCUCUCUCUAGCAUUGUGUCUUGAAGGUGGUUUAGAAGUGUGUGUGUGUGUGUGUGUGUGUGUGUGUGUGUAUGUUAGCCCUGCUAUUGGGAAUAUGAUAAUUGUAAUAAAUAAGCAGCACUUCAGGGUCCGUCUGAAGUGGAGAUGGGUCACCUUGUGCUAAAGACCGUGUUUCUCUUAUGUAACAUGUUUUGCAGUGGCUUUGCAAAUGGUUUUAAGAAUAAUAAUGAUGAUAAUAAAGAGGGUAUUGCUUGGUCCAAUUUAGUGAUUUAGGGUCCUAGGGAUUUAAAGACUGAUGUCUUGUUUAUUGUCUUUAGUAGAUUAUUAAUUAUAAUAACAAUUGUAGCUCCCAUUUGCCGAGCCCUUACUGUGUCAGGCAGUCAUUAUUCAGAUGACUGUUGUGCAACAAGGAGGGCUGUGGCCGCGAAGGGUCCAUUUGACUGGGAGCUAGCAAAUGGCUGCUGCGCUUUGAACAAAUGAGAGUGAUCCAGAUAGAUAGGGGUGAGAUUAAAUCUCUUCAUUAGUCCCUCUUACAAAUAAAGAGCAUGUAUGGGCCCUACAGCAGGUGCUUUUGGUUUUUUUACUUGUUCAAACUGGAAAUUGUUAGAGGAUUCACAUCUAUUAAAAACCUAUAGUAGCUUAUAUUCUAAUUUAAAGCAGAGGGAACCUGUUUGUAUUUUAAGUAAGUGGCAUCAGAACGUUUAUCAUUUUGAAUUGCCUUAUUAUUGGUUCUGUGUUAGAAGUUGUGGAUUAUAUUUAAAACAAUGACAAAACUAAAUGUAACAAUGAAUGUUAAGUUGGAUUUUCAGAUCCCUAACAGGGCCUCAUCUGACGUAUUUUUAGUGAAUUACAGCCUUUAAACACUGAUUACCAAACUUGUCUCAUUUGAAUCUUGUUUGUACAUCUAGAGUUUAUAUUAUUCUUCAGUGCAUUUAAGCAUGCUGGUAUAAUCUUAGUCUAAUUAACAGUGUUUUGUGGCCUGAAACUCCUGUCAAAGACCAUUAUAGGAGCUAGGAAACACUGGGAGGUAAACUGAACACAUGGCCUCAGUGCUCUUCCUUUGCACUGGACAAUAACUUGCAUUUAAAGAGAUGAAAAAAAGAAAAGGAAAAGUAAUAUCCCUUGCCUUUAAGCUGUAAUACAUGUGUUUAGUAUGGUUUUGCUAUUAAUAAUCUCUGUUAGCUUCUAGACUGGAAGAUUUUAUUUAAAGUGUUUAAAACCAAAUGCUACCAAGAAAAAAGAUUUUACUAGAAAUAUAAAGUAGAUAUCUGUCCCUACCUUUUUUUGUUAAUUGACCCUGCUUGUUUAACUGGGAAAAUAUAAAUGUACAUCUACUGGAGAGAAAUCUAUGGGCAUAAACCCCUCCCUUGUUUUCAAAUAUAUUUCACAUGUUGUUUAUCUUAUUUAAAUAUACAGUAGACAAGAGAAUGCAACUGCUGUUCCUUUAAUAUCAGAACUACGCAAGUUACAAUAGGUGUCACUGUUUUGCUUGGUCCAAUCCUGAUUGGUGGCUUCAGCUAUUGGCUGGGAGCACUGGCUGUCUGACUCCAUCUGCAGGGCUGUAAUACCUACUCUCCUCCGAUCCAUUCACCACACAACUUCAGCCGGCUGAGCAGACUCACGCAGCUCCUGCACAUCUUGCUAACCUAAUUCAGAAAACAAGUGCUACAGCUCUGUGCCUGUCAUCUUCGCUCAGUGUAGCAUUUUCAGGUGAUCUAGGAAAUGGUUAUUUUUAUGAGCAAAUAAGAGAAACAGGAAUCAUGAUGGGGAUGUAUUUAACAGACCCAGUACUGGAUAAAACUUAAAGCCAGUUUCUAUUCAACAUAGUGAAAAGGUCACCUUGCCUGGCUGAGAAAGAAGCAAAAUAUCAGCUUGCUGGUUUCAGUUAACCUCUUAGCUCGGGCUAGCCUCAUUUCCUUGAUGUUCAAACCAAUUUGGGAUAUCUAGCUAUAAAGAGAGACACACUGUACUCAUGGUAGAUGACAAGGAAAAGAACAUGAAAUGUCUCACCUUCUUCUUGAUGCUUCCAGAGACGGUAAAGAACAGGUCCAAGAAAAGCUCGAAGAAAGCAAAUACCAGCAGCAGCAACAGCAGCAGCAAGUUGCCCCCAGUUUGUUAUGAAAUAAUUACCUUGAAGACUAAAAAGAAGAAGAAGAUGGCUGCUGAUAUAUUUCCCCGUAAAAAGCCAGCCAACUCCAGCAGCACCACUGUCCAGCAGUACCACCAGCAGAAUCUCAGUAACAACAACCUUAUACCGGCCCCAAAUUGGCAGGGUCUUUAUCCCACCAUUAGAGAAAGAAAUGCGGUAAUGUUCAAUAAUGAUUUGAUGGCAGAUGUACAUUUUGUGGUCGGGCCACCAGGUGGGACUCAGCGGUUGCCAGGACACAAAUAUGUUUUAGCUGUUGGGAGCUCUGUGUUCCAUGCGAUGUUUUACGGAGAGCUUGCUGAGGACAAAGAUGAAAUCCGUAUACCAGAUGUCGAACCUGCUGCUUUUCUCGCUAUGCUGAAAUAUAUCUAUUGUGAUGAAAUUGACUUGGCUGCAGACACAGUGCUGGCCACACUUUAUGCUGCCAAAAAGUACAUUGUCCCUCACCUUGCCAGAGCCUGUGUUAAUUUCCUGGAGACCAGCCUGAGCGCCAAGAACGCCUGUGUGCUCCUUUCCCAGAGCUGCCUGUUCGAGGAGCCAGACCUGACCCAGCGUUGCUGGGAGGUAAUUGAUGCUCAAGCUGAGUUAGCUCUCAAGUCUGAGGGAUUCUGUGAUAUCGACUUCCAGACACUAGAAAGUAUCCUCCGUAGGGAAACUCUGAAUGCCAAAGAAAUUGUGGUUUUUGAGGCAGCUCUCAACUGGGCUGAAGUAGAAUGCCAGCGACAAGAUCUAGCGCUGAGCAUUGAAAAUAAACGCAAGGUCCUAGGAAAGGCACUUUACUUGAUCCGCAUACCCACGAUGGCCCUCGAUGAUUUUGCAAAUGGUGCUGCACAGUCCGGAGUAUUAACUCUCAAUGAGACCAAUGACAUCUUCCUCUGGUAUACUGCAGCCAAAAAGCCCGAGCUACAGUUUGUGAGUAAAGCCCGAAAGGGCCUUGUCCCUCAGCGCUGUCACCGUUUCCAGUCAUGUGCCUAUCGGAGCAACCAGUGGCGCUAUCGGGGUCGCUGUGACAGCAUCCAGUUUGCAGUUGAUAAAAGAGUGUUUAUCGCUGGCUUUGGGCUAUAUGGUUCCAGCUGUGGCUCUGCAGAAUACAGUGCCAAGAUUGAACUCAAGCGGCAGGGCGUUGUCCUCGGGCAGAACUUGAGCAAGUACUUCUCAGAUGGCUCCAGCAACACCUUCCCAGUGUGGUUUGAGUACCCGGUGCAGAUUGAGCCAGACACCUUCUACACAGCCAGUGUGAUACUGGAUGGCAAUGAACUCAGCUACUUUGGACAAGAAGGCAUGACAGAAGUUCAAUGUGGCAAAGUGACAGUGCAGUUUCAGUGCUCCUCAGAUAGCACCAAUGGCACUGGGGUACAAGGAGGGCAGAUUCCCGAACUUAUAUUCUAUGCUUGAAAACUCACUUCCCCAAGCAGUGUGAGCUCUGAGGUGUACAUCUGGUCCCUACUUGCUUGAUGCUUACUUAGCUCAUCUGCAGAUAUGUGAUCAACGCAGGUAAUUUGUAAUGAAUGAAGCCGUAGACAGUUUCUAAUUUCUUUCAGCCUUUUAAUUAUGUACAGGCAAAAAUGCAGCAUUCCGCUUUUAACUAUAUGCUUAAAAGAGCCAAGUUCUUACUAAGGCUUUGUGAUUUUUUAGAGUUGUGUCUGUAUACCUGGAGAGAUUUUAUGCUCUCCAGGUGUUCCACUGACCUCCCAGUUUUGUCCCUCCGAAGGUAAUUUUGGAUCAGCCUGAAUUUCCUUUAUUUGAUAAAUAGAAACAAAUAGUCUAAAAUAAUAAGAGUUAUUUUUGAACAGAACCCCUCUACCCCCCAAAAAGCAGAUAAACCUCAGUGUACAAUUUUGAAAGAAGUUUUGCUUUGUAAUAAGUAAUGUAGAAAGUAGACAUUAGUCAUGUUUUGCUCUUAUUUUAUUCCUUUUAAAUUUGUCUUCUGGGAUUUUUUUUUCAAUCCUAAAUUCAUAAGAUUGUUGCAUGUUAAAUGCUUCAAAGUAUCAAUGUAAAAUAGGAAAAUAAGGAAUUGGGCAUUGUUUAGGCCAUGACUUCCACUACAAACAGAUUUAUAUUCUUUCAGUUUAGAAGACAAAAUAUUGCAAUAUAGACACUUCUUUUAGAAGUAACUAAAUUAUAAAAUUUUAUUGUCAGUUGAAAAAAGUUGCAGUCCUACUAAUUUAAACUAAAAGAGUUUAAACAGGAAACCUAAAAAAGUCCCGUACAACAAAUAGCUUAAUUGAUUUCACAUUAGAAUACACAGUUUGAAAAAGCCAAACUUUUUUCUCUCUACUUAGUCUUUGAUCCCCACUGUUUGCUUAUUUUUGUAAGUCGUACUGUAUAGAAUUCUAUUCCUUUAUUCCCCCUUAAAAGGACCAAACAAUUCUUUAUAUGAAUGGAGUAACAAUUAGUUUUGUAGCACUACAUGUUAAUGUGAUAAGAUACUUUGUUCUUUUUUUUUUUUGUCUGAAAUAUAUUUUACCUGAUCUACUUUGACCAUAUACUCUUUUCUUUGUGAAUUAUAAUUUUGUCCUGGACUGCUAGAAUCUGGCCUCUGGCCAUCGUAAAGUGCCAAUACAUGCCUGCAGGGUUUUCAAAAAAUGGUCUGGAGCGACACAUUCGAUUAUACCCAAUGUUCACUGCAUCGGCAUCACAUCCAGCUUUCUUACUUGUCCACGGAUAAUGUAAACAAAGGAGGGAAAAGCUCAUUAAGUUCUCCUUCACUGAUGGCUUAUGUUGGUUUAGUGCCCGUGACCCUGGCAAUGUCCAAUGUGUUCACUUCCAGCUGAAGUAUCCAUGUGUUUCUGGGCAGCUUUUCUGCUCAAUGUGAUCCUGAGAUGGCUUCCCCCGCCACCCAGAGUGUGGUCCCUGGCCGCCUCCUUCUCCUGCUCUGCAAGCCCGAAACUGGCUUGUCUGGAGCCAGGGGUUAGUCCUGGGGUGUGUGUGUGUGUGUGCGCCACCGUGCGCAUGCAAGUGUGUUUGCCAACUCGGGAAUUGUCUCCUCCCUGCCUGGCUAGUGAGAGGUGGGACAGUAAUGGUCCUCCUGCUGGCCCCAGCAAGGCCCAGCGAGUGACUGCCCUUAAGUAUUCACUGUGUUUCUGGGCCUCUUCCCCUGCAGAUGUGGGCUUGCUGCCUCAGCCGGCUUCCCUGAGGGAGGAAAACACUGGACUAGGGGAAAUGUUUUAAUCGCUUUUGCCGUUACCUAUGUCUGUUAGCAUAGAUGAUCAAAAGCUGUUACUGGUGAUUACAGAUGAGAUGAGUACUCCCAGAACAACUUUCCAAAAUUGUCUAAUGAUUACUUCUUAUUAAGGAGAUUAUAGGUAGUAGUUUUGGCAAAGCUGAAAUCGAUGAAAUAAAGGAACAUUUUCAAAUUAAAAAAAUAACUUCUACAAAAGGCUUCUGUUUUUAAAUUAUGGUUAAACAUUUCAGUAACUCAUAGCUACCAUGCAAAUUGGUAGCUCUGAUUAGAAGGCACUCCUUUUUAAGCCAGAGGGGAAGAAACUUGAUUUAGGGCUAAUUUUGCCCUAUCAGAUUGUUGAGGUGGGUGUGAGAGCCUUAGAGGGAAGAUUGUUCAUUCACUAACGCUCACUGUCAGUGCUCCUGUUAGCUAACUUCCUCCAUGUGACUAGGGAACUGCUGGUGAAAGCCACGUGAGAUCCUGUACACUGGGUAUAGAAGAACUGAAUUUUAUGUUAAUUACUAUUACUUAAAAAAAAGACACAUACACCAUCUGAUUGGCUGGUGCCUACAACUGAGGGUAAAAUUUGAAAAAUGUAUUUAGAGUAAGAAAUUUUACAUUUAAAACCCUAUUCUCCCUUCUGCAUUUUUAGCAAAGUGGAAUGAAGAUUAAUGUGCUUGCUUUAUUUUCUUUUGUAAUUUUGAAUUCUGUAGCUUUUAAAGCUAGAAACCAUUGCUCUAACAAGGCAGGCAGUUCUAAUGUAUAAACACAACUUUAUUAAGCAGAAUAUGCUGUAGAUGCUUUUCCCAAUGUACCUGGCAGUCUUUGUCAUUGUUCCUACUGGGGAUAAAGGGGAACUAGGCUAGCAGUUCUAAUGUAACAUUCUUUAAGCAUAUCUUAAAAUAGUAUUUAAGUAAAUGGUCUAAUUUCUACAUAAUUGCACUGAACUGUCAUUUUUGUUUUUUAAGGUGUUUAAAUAAGCUCAGCUAAUUCGAGACACUGUGGCCACUUGUGCGUCAGUGUGCUUGGAUUUAGUAGCUUACAGCAUUAUUUAUGAAGGAAAAAUAUAUAAAUAUGAAGUACCUCAUGUUGAAUGUUAUUGUACUGUAUUUUUAAUGUAACAGUGCAGAUCUUGUUAGACACCUGAAUGUGUAUAAUCAUGUUAAAUGCAAAUAAAAUAAACCUAGUUCAUAGA